CAAGAGGGUGGUGAAGAAUACCUGAUUUUCCAGCCGGGAAUACAGGCCGGCUUUUACGUCAUUUACUCGGCGAUACUUCUGCUGGGCAUCACCGGCAACUGUCUGGUGAUGUACGCCGUGUUCCGCAACAAGGCCAUGCAGACGGUGACCAACUACUUCAUCCUGAACCUGGCGCUCUCCGACAUCCUACUCUGCGUGCUCUGCGUGCCCUUCACGCCCCUCUACACGUUCCUCCAGCGCUGGAUCUUUGGCGCAUUUCUCUGCCACUUGGUCACCUGCACGCAGGCCGUCAGCAUCUACAUCUCCUCCCUGACGCUGACUGCCAUCGCCAUCGACCGGUUUGUAGUCAUCAUCCACCCGUUCCGACAGCGGAUGAGCAAAACCAUGUGCGUGGGGCUCAUCAUCUGCACCUGGCUCUUCUCCAUCGUGGCUUCUCUGCCGUACGCCGUCUUCGUGGAGUACACCGUCUACGACGACAUCUACGUGUGCCAGGAGAACUUCCCGGGCCAGGUGCGGCUGACGUUUGGCAGCAUCACCACCGUGCUGCAGUUCGUCAUCCCGUUCCUCAUCAUCACCAGCACGUACACGCUCAUCUCGCUGAAGCUCUCCAGCCGGGCGCGCUGCAAGCCCGGCUCCAAGACGCUGCGAAAGGAGCAGGCCGACCGCGAGAGGAAGCGGCGCACCAACCGGAUGCUGAUCGCCAUGGUGGCCGUGUUCGGCCUCUCCUGGCUGCCGCUCAACCUGAUGAACAUCCUGGACGACGUGUCCACCAACCUGGGCCUCGGCUGGGCGCGCUGGCCCUACUUCCACCUGCUCUUCUUCGUCACGCACGCCAUCGCCAUGAGCUCGACCUGCUACAACCCGUUCCUCUACGCCUGGCUCAACGAGAACUUCCGCAAGGAGUUCAAAGACAUCCUGCCCUGCUUCCGUCGACGACGCCAGAGUCGGAGCCGCGCGAUGUCGUGCGCGUUCUCUGACACCCGCCACCUCUCCACGACUCGCACGGCGCUAGAGCCGGAGACACAGAUAAGACAGGACCUGCCCUCGAGGGCCACCUUCCAGAAUAACACCGAGCUGGUGGACCUGCGCACCACCUGCGGGAACACCGGACCCGCCGAAACGGCGCCGGUCCAGAACAAUGUCCAGGCAGGCGAGGCGGUCGCGGUACUCUGA